UCUGUUGACUCUGAGAGAAGGGUUGAGAGCUUAAGAUGAGAGAGUAGACUAUGAGAAAACAAUGGAGCCCGCCAUGGAAUUGCUUUUGCAACUUCCCUGAAUUUGAGACAUAGUUUACUCUACUACAUAAUAUUAGUAGGAGUCUGUUUGCGUUGUACAAUCAUUGGAGCUCAAGACAAGCAAUCUCUUUUAGAGAGGCCAAUCAACAACAGCCCGGAAGCACUACCCUUUUGUGUUCUUCCCCUCAUCUUUUUGUUAGCCUAUCUUUUUCAGAAACAGAGUCAGAGAUAAAGUUGUUCCCCACUUUGAAUUGGGUAGUGGAGAAUUGUGAUUGGGGGAGUGAGAUUGUUGUUGAAUUCGUUAUAUUCGAGGUUUAGAGGGGGAAAGCUGACCUGGGUUGUGUGAAAUUUUGUUACUUUUGCUUUUUGAAGAAUUGGGUUUUUGGAGUUGGGGAGUGAGUUGAACUGGGCUGUGCUGUGUUUUUUGAUAUCUGGGUUUAAUUGGAGUGGAGAGAAAGUGAGUUGAAGAAUUGGGUUUUUGGAGUAGGAGAGUGGGUUCAAUUGGGUUGAGUUGGGUUUGUGAGUUUGAGAGAGUUGAAAGCUUUUUUGGGUCUUUGAGAGUGAAGGAAAAGAGGGUUUUAGAGGAACAAAGUCUGUAUCUUUUUUGGGGUGAGAGUGAGAGAGAGAGAGAGAGAGAGAGAGAGAGAGAGAGAUUGAUAGGUUGGCAUGAGGUUUUGAUGGUUUGGAUUUGGAAAUUUAUUUGUGAUGGCUGUUGUGAGUUCUGUGCCGGCAAAGAUGCGACCGACUGAGCCAAUAAGGUAUCCUGAUAUUUCAGAUAUGGGUAGUUUUGGAGAGAUUGUGGUGGAGCCUGUGGCUCGGGUGAUCCAAGAUAUGAUAUACGUUACAGUGGGAACUCCUGUGAAGGAGAGCAAAUUGAAUCUGAUAUGGACAUUGCACAACUCAGGAGGGAAGAGGGUUUGCAUAGUUCAUGUUCUCCAGCCUGCACAGAUGAUUCCAACGUCAUUGGGAACUAAGUUCCCAGCAAGCCAAGUGAAUCCUCAGGAAGUCAGAGCUUACCGUGAAAAGGAAAGGCAAGACAUGCAGAAGUUGCUGGAUGAUUACCUUCGUAUUUGUCGUGCAAUGGGGGUUCGAGCAGAAAAACUACAUAUUGAAAAGGACAGUAUUGAGAAGGGAAUUGUGGAACUCAUCUCUCAGCAUGGAAUCAGAAGGCUUGUUAUGGGAGCAGCAGCAGACAAGUCCCAUUCAAGGAAAAUGACAGACCUCAAGUCUAAGAAAGCCAUAUACGUGCGUGAACAUGCACCUGUUUUCUGUCGCAUACAAUUUGUUUGCAAGGGGUACCUUAUACACACCAGGGAAGCGAGUUCAGAUGCAGUUGAUGCACAGUUUACAUUGCUGCCACCAAGACCAAGCACCGACACUGAACAAUCACCACACCAUUUAAGAUCACAAUCUUCUGUGACACUUGGGCAGAAUAAUCGACCGUCACUCAGCAACCCAGCUCAAGAUUUACUCUGCCGGGUAAGAUCGACAAAAUCCGGCAAAUAUGGAGGAAUCGCAACAGAUGUUGCUGAAGGGCUUUCAACUCCAUCAAGCAGCAGGUUGGAAGCAGAAGGGAGUGCUGAUGAAUGGGAUCAGGCAUCCAGGAGGAGUACUUCUGGAUAUUCAUCAUGCUCUUCUGCAUUGGGUGAUUUACCUUUGAUACAGUUUGAGAGGACUGAGGGAAGUGAAAAUGGGUCAAGAAACUCGAGUGCUCUUACUCAUCUCAAAGAUAUUAAUCGUUCAUCCCCUCCCAGUGUAUUGCAGGAUGGAAAUGUAAACGAUACUCUUUAUGAUCAUCUUGAGCAAGCGAUGACAGAGGCUGAAAAUGCAAAGCGAGAAGCAUUUGAAGAGGCAAUUAGGCGUGGGAAAGCCGAAAAAGAUGCCAUUGACGCUAUACGAAGGGCCAAAGCAUCAGAGUUCUUAUACAAUGAGGAAUUGAGACAAAGAAAAGAAAUUGAGGACACAGUAGCAAGAGAAAGAGAAGAACUUGAAAAGAUGAAGAAGCAACGAGAUGAAGUCAUGGAAGAAUUCAGGGCCGCCGUAGAACAAAGAUCACAACUUGAGAGCCAAAUUGCUGAGUCUGAUCAGCUGGUUCAGUGCUUGGAGCAAAAGAUCAUAUCUGCUGUGGAUCUCUUACAAAAUUACAAAAGAGAACGGGAUGAGUUGCAUGUAGAACGUGACAAUGCUCUUAGAGAAGCAGAGGAGCUAAGGAAAAGACAAGGAGAGGCCUCAAGCACACAGAUGCCUCAGUUCUUCUCUGAUUUUUCAUUUCCCGAGAUUGAGGAAGCAACUCGAAACUUUGAUCCAUCACUUAAGAUUGGAGAAGGUGGAUAUGGAAGCAUUUUCAAAGGUUUCCUACGUCACACUGAGGUGGCUAUAAAAAUGCUAAAUGCUCAUAGUUUGCAAGGCCCCUCGGAAUUCCAGCAGGAGGUGGAUAUAUUAAGUAAGCUGAGGCAUACCAAUCUUGUCACACUCAUUGGUGCCUGCCCAGAAGGUUGGACUCUGAUCUAUGAGUAUCUUCCAAAUGGAAGCCUUGAAGAUCGACUAAGCUGCAAGGACAAUACUCCCCCAUUAUCAUGGCAAGCUCGAAUACGCAUUGCUACUGAGUUGUGUUCUGUCCUAAUUUUUCUCCACUCCAGUAAACCACACGGCGUAGUACAUGGUGAUUUGAAACCCUCCAAUAUCCUCCUUGAUGCUAACUUUGUUUGCAAACUUAGUGACUUUGGCAUCAGUCGGCUCUUGUCUCGUGGUCAAGGUUCAAGCAACAACACAACACUCUGUUGCUGGACUGGUCCAAAAGGUACUUUCGCUUACAUGGAUCCUGAGUUUCUUUCAUCGGGAGAGCUUACACCAAAGUCAGAUGUGUAUUCAUUUGGAAUUAUACUCUUACGAUUGUUAACCGGAAAACCAGCAUUGGGAAUAACAAAGGAAGUACAGUAUGCAUUAGAUUCUGGAAAGUUGGAAACCCUCUUGGAUCCUUUAGUGGGAGACUGGCCAUUUGUACAGGCUGAACAGUUGGCUCGCUUAGCAUUGAGGUGUUGUGAGAUGAGCCGGAAGUGCAGGGCAGACCUUGUGUCAGAUGUGUGGAGGGUACUUGAACCAAUGAGGGCUUCAUGUGGCUCCUUAUCAUCAUUCCGACUGGGUACUGAAGAGCACUUCCAACCUCCCUCAUACUUCAUCUGUCCCAUUUUCCAGGAAGUCAUGCAAGAUCCACAUGUUGCAGCAGAUGGUUUCACUUAUGAAGCAGAGGCUCUGAGGGGAUGGCUGGACAGUGGUCAUGACACUUCACCUAUGACAAAUCAGAAGCUCGAACACAAGAAUCUCGUCCCCAACCACGCUCUUCGCUCUGCAAUUCAGGAGUGGCUGCAACACCACUAAAAAUCCAGUUCUUGUUCAUCAUAAACAUUUAUAAAUAUAUACCUACGUACAUACACAAGUAAAUGUCUAAUAGAUCAGCAUGAUCACAAUUUCAGACCAAUCAAAGGAAGACCUUGGUCUCUUCAUUCAAUCUUAGAGUAUGCGGCCCAUACAAACAAAUGCGUUUACAUACCAUCUCAUUGUACAGAAUACCAUACCCUAUUUGCUUACAUUUCAAAUGUAAACGUACAUUGCUCAAACAUGUCCAUUUGACACAGGUAAUGAAUAUAUUGUGAUAUU